CUGAUCACUUUGUAAAAGAGCAUCGAUACGAAGAAUCCACGACAUACUGUACCGCCACAUAAAGAAAGAAAUGUCAGACACGCGAACUAAAAGUAUGCUGCUGAAGAAUGGUGUUGUGCUUAUCCAUGAUUCUCAAAAUCACGUAGUCCCAACUCAGACAGACAUCCUGAUUGAAGAUGGGACAAUCACGCGUAUUGGAGCUCAGCUUGAAACAGCCAGUGGUACUGAGGUAGUCGACUGCACUGAUAAGGUCAUCAGCCCUAGUUUCAUCGAUACCCAUCAUCAUGGUUGGCAAACGCAACCGAAAGGUCGUCACGCGAACGAGCAGUUGUUAGAGUACCUUGUUACUGUCUAUAUAGACUCUAUCUUAACUCUAUUCCAGCUCUAG